UUUCUCUUCUGCAGAGGAAUAACAAUUCUUGCGGUAGUUUGCGGUGCGAUUCGGUGAAAGAUUCGAUUCCAUUGUCGAACAGUGGAAACUCGAGAGCGCCAUAUUUCACGCGGGGUUUGCUUGCAGUACAAAUCGUCAUUUCCAGAGCUGUUUUUCCAACUCUUAAUCCUCCGUUUCCAGUUGAAUUAUUGGAGCUCUGUCGAUUUUUGUAGCAGCUUAGGAUCUGUUCUUAUUGCCGAGCUCUACAAUUCGAUUUCCUUGCCAAAUUCAGCUGCUGUUGUUUAAAUGCGAAAAGUUGGUGUUUAAAGUACGUGUUCUGAUCAGGAAAAUUGAGAAUUAGAUUACCAGAACUUCACGCUUGGAUUUGUUCCUGAUUGGAGCUAGAAAGGCACCCGUUUUUCAUAUAGGAACAACUUCAGAUUUUGAAGUUUGUUUGGUGGGCGUGCGGUAGAUUUCAUCUUACCGAGUCUGAAGAUUGGAAAAUAUGGAAAGAUUCCUCACGACCAUUGCCACAGAAGCUCAGGCGGGAGGGGAGUCUCUGGUCUCGAGCAUAAAGAUUGCAGUGUUACCAAUAGCCAAAGUUUUCACCAUGUGCUUUUUGGGUUUUCUGAUGGCAUCUAAAUAUGUCAACAUUUUACCUGCAAGUGGAAGGAAACUUUUGAAUGGGUUGGUCUUUUCUCUUUUGCUUCCAUGUUUAAUAUUCACUCAGCUCGGGCAAACUAUUACUGUAGAGAAAAUGCUUAAAUGGUGGUUUAUUCCCGUAAACGUUGUUUUGGGUGCCAUAUCAGGUUCACUAAUAGGAUUAGUUGUUGCAUCAAUUGUUCGUCCUCCAUACCCCUUCUUCAAGUUCACGAUUGUACAAAUUGGAAUUGGAAACAUUGGGAAUGUGCCUCUCGUUCUCAUUGCAGCUCUCUGUAGGGAUGACUCCAACCCUUUUGGUGAUACAGAGAAGUGUAGCACUGAUGGAACUGCUUACAUUUCCUUUGGCCAGUGGGUUGGUGCUCUUAUCCUCUAUACCUAUGUUUUCUCGAUGUUGGCACCUCCUCCUGAGGGUACAUUUGACAUUAAAGAUGGAAGUAUUCCAGUUAAGAACCUUCGAAAGGAUGACGCUCCUGAGCAAGUUCCCUUGCUUGUCCAGGAGGUAGCUUCAACGAAUUCAGAUUCUUUUAAGAAUGAAGAGGCUAAGGGCCUCCUUAUGUUUUGGAUUGAGAAAUUGAAGCUCAAGCAAAUUUUUCAACCUCCUAUCAUUGCUUCAGUCCUAGCUAUGAUAAUGGGUGCAAUACCAUUUUUAAGGCGAUUGAUCUUUACUCCUGAUGCUCCACUAUUUUUCUUCACUGAUAGCUGCAUUAUUCUCGGGGAGGCCAUGAUUCCAUGCAUCCUCUUGGCAUUGGGAGGGAACCUUGUUGAAGGUCCUGGAAGUUCAAAGCUUGGGCUACGGACUACUGUUGCUAUUAUUUUUGGACGAUUGGUUUUGGUGCCUCCUGUAGGACUCGGCAUUGUCAUGUUCGCUGAUAAGCUUGGCUUCCUUCCUGCCGAUGACAAAAUGUUCCGAUUCGUUCUUCUUCUUCAGCAUUCGAUGCCGACGUCUGUCCUCUCGGGCGCCGUGGCGAAUUUGAGGGGCUGCGGGAGGGAAUCUGCUGCUAUUCUUUUCUGGGUUCAUAUAUUUGCUAUCUUCUCGAUGGCUGGAUGGUUCGUCCUCUAUUUCAGGAUACUCUUCUAAAGAAAUUGCAACCUUGUGAAUUCAUUUCAUAUUCCGAUCCUUCUGCAUAUUCUUUAUUUGUUCUAUAUGUCUUUCAUUACUUGUAGAGAAGACCAACAAUAUCUUGGAGAUCAGAUUAUUGUAUUAUAGAGCUGAGUAUAUUGGUAGUUGUUCCAAUACGUUUCAAUAAGAAUUCAGUUUUUCACUUUCAUUUUCUUA